AUGGAUCUAGAAGAUGUGCUCAAAGAACUUCAAGGUCUUACUAAGAUAGAAGAGAUGCUAAUUGCACAAAUCUUUCUUGUAAUCUCAGUAUAUUGUCUUUAUGAAGGGCAAUAUACAACAAGUGGUUUAGCACAUAGAGAUUUUCAAGUUCAUUAUAUAAAACUUGCAUAG